AUAGUUCCUUACAGAUGGCUUUAACGAGCAGUUUGCCUUGUAUUGACACGCUAGCCUUUCAGCUGAGUCGACAUGGUCUCGACGAGAAUCGAAACAUAAAGCCACCUUUCUUUUACUCCUGGUCGGAGCCCUACAAUUUAGACUUUGCCGGAAAGGCUCCCAAUAAUCCGAAGCGAAGCCGUAGCCAUCCCAGCGCUUUGGUGGCCAAGCGCAAGGAAGCACUGCAUUCACAAGCUUGUAUACCUGGGUUGAAAAAAGAGCGGAAAGAGUGGGAUAAGAAUUCGGAGGAAGCUCGCGGAUCUGUAAAGCCAUUAGCUGAGAUUCAUUCAACCAGUCUUCAUACAUCGCCAGGGCACCUAACUUUAUCAGUUAAUAAAUAUGCAAAUCAAGCAAACAAGCAUGAAGAAUCAGACACCGCGGACUUCGCUGAAUCUUCCGACGACGAAAUAAGUGAACUUCUAGUAAAUGGCUCUAACACGAAUAAAGAUUUACCUCAUGUUCUUUGUGAAAAUAACGCCUCGUAUUCUAUAAUUAGGAAAACUAAUCGAAGAACAAGAGACUCUGGUCCUCUCAAGCGGACCUUGGAAGGAAGCGAAAAUGCUGAUGACAACAAGAGACGUCGCCCGCGGCUUGACUUUGAAAAGAUGCAACUCUCCAGAGAUGCGCUUCUUCCUCUGACUGGAAGCGAUAAAUCUGUCUUGGAUGAGGUGUAUUUCAGGCCAAUUUUAGCCUUUAACGUGAACGAGUGAGCUUUGCGUGUCGGAAAACAACAAACGCUCAUUAAUGAAAGAAAUGCAAACGACAAGGCCAUCGAACACAAAUAAUAUCACGUAUGGGUGAAUGACGCGGAGUUAUCGCACAUAAACAAUCACUGACGGGAGGCAAGAUCGACAAAUUGGAAUUUUUUUUCUGGAAGGCUUUUAUAUCGCCAUAUCAGCAAUCGGUGUUAUUCAGAGCACGUAUAAUUUUCUUUUUCAUUUUGGAAAUGAUCUGGAUGAAUCCGCCUUUUAAUGACUGGUUGGCGUGGUCGCCGCGGAACAAACAUAUUCAAAUUUAACAUUCGAUCGCAAACAGAAACCGCGACGCUCAAAUGUACGAUAUUUAAAGUUGGAUUCACAGUUGUAUCUUUAGUAAAUUUUUUACGCAACAUAUGCUUCUAUCGAGAAAAGAAGCAUGAGAGAUAAAUGGGAAUUUUUGUGGUGUUCAUUAACACCGUGGGAAGUACACCUUUUAUAGAUUUUCAAUUUUACCAAACCACUAUAAAAAUAAUUUUUACCUAGUGUCAUUGGGAGAAAAUA